AUACAACAGCAAGCUAGAAUAUGCAACUCAUAGCAGAAAAUAAACCUUUGAUACAAUGAAGACCACAUUGAUAACUUUUCUCUUUUUAUUAAUUGCCUUGCUAAGUUACUCUCAUGUUUCAGGGAAUGCAGCACCUGAUGUUGUACGAGACACCAAUGGCGAUAUUCUCCGUGUCAGAACUGCCUACUUAAUUUUGCCCUGUUUAUCCAGCACUGGUGGCGGAAUAACACUAGCCAGCCUCAGGAAUGAAUCUUGUCCACUUGACGUAGUUCAAAGCCUGGACAAAAAUGAUAGUGGCGUUCUCCCCUUGGAAUUUUACCCCAGAAAUUCUAAAAAGGGAGUCAUUCGUGAAUCAACUGAUCUGACAAUUUCAUUUGCAGGGGAGGCAUCCUGUGUCGAAUCAUUGAUUUGGAAGCUUGUCAACUACAACGGAGAACAUAUUGUGAGUACUAGGGGACUUCCUCGAAACCCUGGAGCUGAAACGUGGUUUAAAAUUGAAAAACAUUUGAGUGGCUACAAGAUUAUUUUCUGCCCAACAGUAUGCAAAACAUGCAAAUCACUUUGCGGAAAUAUAGGCAUCUCUGCUAAAAAUGGUGCUCGAAGGCUGGUUCUUACUGAUGAACCUUUCAUGAUUAAGUUUGUAAAGACACACUAUUAAUUCUAUGACUCGAGUCCAAUGCCAUCUAAGAUAUGCUUUCUAAAUGUAAUCUAUACUAUAUUGUAAUGAAGUGUUGUUCUUCAAGUUA